CGACAAAUAUCGCUAACUACGAGAACGCAGCCAUUUUGCUACUUCCUCAUAUUUUUUUUAUCAAAGUAGAAUUAUGAUUUUGCGUUAUUUUACUAGGAUAAGAUAAUAUUAACAAAGUGAAUCAGGAUGCCGUUCGUCCACCGCAUUGUUGAUCCGAUACAUGUCAGUCGUUUGCAAGUUGGCAAGACAGUCACAGAUGAGCUAGAAUGUGUCACUAACAAUUCACUGGCCAAUAUUAUUCGCCAGUUGAGUUCUCUCAGCCACCAUGCAGAGGAUAUGUUUGCUGACCUCUACAAUGAGACCAAAAUGAUCUUUAAGCGAGCAACUGAGCUCAACAGUCGAGUUGAGCAUCUCAGAGUUGAGGUUACACAACUAAAUCCAACAGAGGAAGAAGUGUCACUACAAAACAUUCAUCUGCGAAAACCCUACCAGAGUAGCAAGUUGCAUGAUCAGCAAGUUGUGGCCAGGAUAACCAUCCCCAAAGCCAUACAAGACCUUUACAACAAGUGUGAAAGGCCCCCAGCCCUAGACAAACUUAACUCUUAUAGGGAAGAUGGCAAGGACUGUAUGAAGUUCUACACAGACCCCUCAUAUUUCUUUGAGCUCUGGUAUUCUCAGAUACAGAGUGACAUCUCUAAAAAGCGGAAAGAACUGAAAGAGAAGCGGGUGAAAAAAGACAGGACGCGGCCAAAUAGGACGGAUGUUACCCCAAAGAAGAUUGAAACAAAACGUGAGAAAUAUGCUGCAAUGGCCCUGGGGGAGGAGCUACGCCCAGGCUACCAGGUGCCGGACAUAAGGACAGGUGGGAACAAGCCCAUACCUCAAGGCUACACUCAGCAUAACACAGAUAUGCUGCCUGGAGAUGCUCAUAGACACAGUGUUAAAAAUGGUGCACAGCAUUCGAGACAGGACAUGCAAAACCAUGUGUCAGGCAAUCAUAUAGACAAAAGGGGUGCACAGAAUGGACCGUACAAUGUUCACCCUGAUUAUCAGUCCACAACUCCUGAACAAAACUACCAGCAGCAAGCUCAGAUGCAGCAACAAAGGCAGUCGCAGAAGAUGUCACCAGCUCAAAAUCAAAACUAUUCUCCGGGAACCAGACAGUCACAGAAACUGGCCUUGGGACAGACUGUCAAUCGGCCAAACGCUGCUCCUCCCCCGCCUCCACCAGGCGCUAUGGACAACAUGAGCUACAUGCAGAGAGCAGACAGGGGCAGCCUGUCCCCUCAGCGUGACAGCAUGCCGCCCCCACCACCCCCUCCCCUGAAUGUAGAUCAGUAUGGCUCACCGCAACACCAGGGUGGUAUGAUGAACCAGAUGCCACCUCACAUGCAAUACCAGCAAACACAACAUGGCUCCCCUGGGAUGGACCUUGGGUAUCCCCCACCACCCCCUCCACCCCUUGAUAACAGUAUGGGUACCCCACCCCCUCCGAGCCCACCCCCAAUACUGAACAACAAAUCUCCACCCCAUGCUUACCCCAACACCUCUCCUGCCCCACCCCCGCCUCCUCCUCCUCCCCCACCGCCUGGCCCCAUGCAGCCUGAUGCCAUCUCUGUGUCCUCAGACAAUAGUACCCAGUCAAGCUUGGCAAGUUCAAAUGUGGAGCCCACACCUCCACCACAGCAGAAACAGAUUGUCACAGCCCGCAGUGCUCUGCUCGACGAAAUAAGAUUAGGUAACAAGGGACUUCGGAAAACAGAGGAAAGAAAGAGAGACACGACCCCUCGUGACCGGUUUGAUGUACACGCGGUGAUGACGAAGGCAUUCGAUAUGCGACGGAAAGCAAUGGAAGACAGUGAAGAUGAGGAGGAGGAUGACAACGACGAGUGGGAUUGAUAACAUUUAAAGGAGUGUGAGAGAGAGAAGUGAUUUCAAGUAUCUGAUGAGUAACAGCCGAACCGGGAACCAUUCAAACGUGCUACUUCAGAAUUCCAUAACAAGUGUGAUAAGUGCAGAUUGCGACACAAAUGUUAAGCGAGUGUUCAAAGUACAUAAAACAGUGACAGAUAAUGUUACUCUCACUUCCUGAUGUAUUGAACUUUGCGAUGGUCUCGUCUAGAAGAUAAAGAACUGGGGCAGUUUUCAAUAUCAUCGUCAUCCUUAGUAACUUAGAUAUGCUUCAGUGAUUCCAUUCAGCAUGAUUAUUGGCCAGUUAUUUUAACAGUCCAAUCAAAACACUCCGAUUCAACCUUAAUUAAACUUAAAUUAUAUCUAAGAUGGUAGCUGAUGGAAGCUGAUGCGGCCCCAGGCAUUUAGUUGGUUCGGGUCUGGGAGAUGAAGACUCCUGUAUUAGUGUACAUUGACAGUAGUCCAAAAUGGGGUGAUUGUUUUGCUCAUGUUGUAUAUCUCACUGCCUGAACUGUUAGGGCAUUCUAUAGGGCUGUGUUUGAGUGACUGGGGUGAACAAUUAUGAUCUGAUAAUUAUUUCAUAUUGUAGUAAGCUCGAAAUAAUUUAACCUUUUGUUUAAUAAGACCGUUAGGCUAGUAUUGAUUACACAAAAAGGAUAUAUUUGUUCUCAAGUUUAACAUACAGUUUUAACUUUUUGCUAUCAUUAACCAAAAAAAUAUGAUAGAAUUGGCGACUUUAAAAUAAUUGCUAGAUUUUCAUCCCUUCCAGUCCCCUCUUUUUUCCAUUGCCCCUAAAAUUUUAUUGACUUAAAUAAAAAUGUUGAACUAGGGUCUAUAUUUCAUUUAUUUGCAUAUCUGUCUGGUGUUGUCCGGGAACGGCGUUAAUUCAUACCUAGUUUGUCAUUCACAUGUAAAAAUAAGGAAUGAUUAUGAUCAUGUUCGUGAUUUGUCUAGAAACACAUGUACCGGUAUAUGGUCUCCUAUGCAAUAAGGAAGUGCAUGAACUCAUAUUCAACCAUGAAACGGUCAUCUAAGAAAAAAAUGUCAGCCCAUGCCCCUAUUAAAAAAAAAAAAUUGGAUAAAAGUCUAGCAAUUAAUUUAUUAUGGCUAUAGCUAGUCGGUUUCUUUCCUUAAACAUCUGUGAGCAUUUGCCUUGAUGAAACUCUUUGUUGAACUGUGUCAACUACACAGGCCAUACCAAAUAUUUAACUUUCAACCAAACUGACUGCCAAUAUUGUAUUCGGAAUCGAAACCAAUGAAUACAAUUGUCUCUCUUCGUACCACCCAAGUAUUUUCAGACUGUUGUGAUAUUCUGUGUUUGCAGAUGUCAGAUUUGUAAGUUAUAAAAAAGUUGAAGUAUUGUCAGGAUGCUUGUGUGGUUGGCUUUUUAAUGAACUUUAAAAUUUAAACAUUUGGUCAUAACUCAAAAAAUCAUUAUGUUACCAUUGACAAUAUGCAUAUUUGAAGCAUGUUCUAUAACUCUGGCUGAGAUAUUUAUAGAUUUAUAUCCCUUGAUACAUUAAAAAAAAAAAAAAUGAUCGUCAGCAUCCAUUUGGGGUCCUCUUGUCAUUAUUCAUAACUGAUUAGAGCCAUUAUUGAAGUCUUCCAGGCGUUUUAAAAUGAACAAAAAUUACCAAACGGAUAUAGUUGACAUUGUGUCCUGUGUUAGUACACUGUAUUUUGAUUGUUUUAUUUACAAAAUAACCAUUGUCACCAUUUGUGUUAUAAGUUGUGAUAUUUUCUUGUAUUGUGCUAUAUGGUUUCGAAGAAUGACAUAACUAAGUGUGUGUUUAAGUCUUAAGAUGUUGUGUGAUUUUUAUAUAAUAACAUUUUAUUAUUGAAACAUUUAUAAGCUGUUCCGGUUGAAAGCAAGCUGGUUCUUAGUGCUAUCAAUGAGAACCUGUCUGCCUUCUUCCCUCCUAUUGGAGUUACUGAGAAUAUAUGAAGUUACGUGUGUGUGAAGAUAAUUCAUAGUCAAGAUUGUAAAUAUUCAUAUAAGUGCAAUAUAUCUGUAUAUGAAAUUAAAGAACAUACGUUUUUGAUUGUAUUUAUAGUGGGUUUCUGAGAAUUCUGUAAACAUUAUGAAUAUAUUCAAGUACAGAAUACUUACAGUGUCUGGCUAAAUUGUGUAUUUAUAAUUAGUAAUUACUGAUGUGUUAUUAUUGUUUUUGUUUGUUUAGAGAAAUAGUAAUGCAAUGAGUACUUGGUUAAAUUUGGAAAAAUAAUUUCAAAUCAUCUGAAUGAUUUGUUACAUUUUAUUUAUCAAUCUAAAUUCGACAUAAGAGUUUAAAUAAUUUUUUCAGCAGCUUAUAAUAUCUAAGAAGAAUUUGAUUAGCUUCAUAUGUAAGAGAUUGUCUUAAAUAAUUAUUCUACAACAAUGAAAUAUUGUAAUUUAAUUUAGUUGGGACAAUUCGAGAAACAACAUGGUUUAAAUUUUAUGUAAUUAUUUAUCCAUGAAGUUUUAACCAAGUUUAUCAGUGUGUUGCGGCCAUAGUUUAGAAUAUUAGUUAUAGCCAAUAUAGACAGCGUAUAGUGUAUAAAAACCACCCUUGUACAUAACACCUAUUUAUCAUCUAUCUGUUUUGAUAUCACCAUUUAGUUAGUGCUGUACCGCUCUCAUUCCCGUUCUAUACACACCCUUUGAACCUACAUCUUCAGGGCUCAACGCAAAUCAGUUGUUACUCCAUCUAAAAAUAAAAUAGUUAUGUUACUCUAUUUAAAAAUAGUAUGAGUUAUGUUGCUCUUUCUAAAAAUAGAACAAGUUAUGUUACUCCAUCUGAAUAUAGAACAAGUUAGGUAACUUCAUCUAAAAAUAGAUCAAGUUAUGUUACUUCAUCUAAAAAUAGAUUAAGUUAUGUUACACUAUCUAAGAAUACAACAAUUUAUGUUUCUCCAUCUAAUCCAUCUAAAAAGUAAAAUGAGUUAUGUAACUUAAUCUAAAAAUAGAACCAGUUAUUUAGCUCUAUCUAAAAAAAGAAGGAGGUUUGUGUUGAGCCCAUGAUCUAGGUUAAUUCAUGUACCAAAUGGGAUUCAUUUGUCCAGUUUACAUGUACAUUGCUAUUUGUUUGUAGGAAUGAAGAAUGUUUUCGAACUUGAAACAUUGGUUUGUCUCUGAACUGAUACAUUGUUGCUUCAUUUGUUAAAUAAGAUAAGUGUUUUCAUGUACAUCAACUUGAUAAAAAAAGUGCAAAAAGUGUUCAGAAUUUACAAUUGUAAUAAAGGAAGAUAUAUUCAUGUAUUGAGUAUAAAAUAAUAGUUUGUGGUUCUUCCGUAACGGAAAAUCAAUGAAUUAUGCAUGAUCGCUUGUAGUGGUGUAUAUGAAAUGACAAAUGAAGACACCUUUGCUACUUCUUAAUGCAGUUCUGUUCAACUGUUAUCAAAAAAAAAGUUAACAAAAUACUGUUUAAACUUCUUUUAGAAUUUUGGUUAUUUUUAUGGAUAAGAAGUGAUUUACGACUCUUAACUGAAUGUUUUUCUUGCCAACCUUCUUCUGUGAUUUUUUCUCUUUAAAACUUCUUCCAGAUAUAAACUUGUACUGUCCUCUCAUACAACAGUGCCAGCUUUGUAAGGAAUGUUAGAUUUAAGAUGUACACAGACUUUGCAGCAUUAUAUUUAUUGUAAGGGUAACUAAUGGAUUUACUCCUAACAAAGCAGGCAGACAAUCUCUUGGGUUAUGAUUUAAACAUAUUUUAUGGCAUGACCAUACAUUUACACACUAUAUGAUGAAGAAAACAAAGAAACAGUGCAAUGUUACAAAGCUUACGUUUAUAUAAAAAGUACAUGCAAAGGGAUUGGGAAACAGGUUUUCAACAUUAGUUACGACCCUUACCCAAAACGUCACAUGGAAAGCAAAAUGAUUACGUUAUUAAGUAAACCAUGAAACCAAAUGUAAUAUUUAAUGCAGUUAUGUAGUGUUCAUAUACAUAGAAAUGAGAGUAAUAUGUUUUAAAACUACAAGAAAAAUGGUUUCUAAAUAAAAUAUAUCGUGUAAUUCAAUUAAUGAUUAGGUUUAAUCUCUUAGGAACCCAACUUACAAAUAAAUUAUAAAUUACAUCUCUCUUAGCUCUCCAUUAACCAUAAUGCUAAAUUUUGAUGUCUGGUGACUUUUUAUCAUAUUGGCUGGCAUCAAGUCUUGGGAAAUUGCAUGCUGAUUACUAGUAUAUUAUGCAUUAAGUUAUUGCAGUUUGUAUUUUUGCUGUUGUUUUGUUUUCAUCAGAAAUUGGACCUGAAAUAAGGUAUUUCGCAACCUUUAAAGGUCAUAUAAGCUUGUUCGUUAUAAAUUUUACAUUACAUUUUUUGGUCUGCUCAUAAAAUGCUUUUUUUAAGAUACCAACAAACCCUACCAUUGGCCUGGAUACCUCGGUCACCAGGCGUCCAAGAUGCACUUAAAGACUAACUAAUUACAAGAGAACUAUUUUUUAGAAAGAUAAUUAUUUUUUAUUUAAACCUUCUCAUGAAAUAAUUUAUCUCUAUAACUUACCCUGAUUUCAAAGAUUUUUAUUUAGAAUGUUGUUAAUGACUGAGCAGCCAAAGUUUUGCAUAUAUUUUUAUAGCUUUGGUAUUUUUAAUUUUUCUCAUUCAAAUGUUAAUUGGUUUAAAUCACUGAAUUGUUAUAUUGUUAAACGGGUUGGUACACAAAGUCUCAUUUUUGGUCCUGCAAAUUUUACAAGAGUAAAAACCAUAAAGUUUUGAUAUUUAAAAUUUCAAAAUUAUUUUAUUAAAAUUUCAAAAUUAUUUUAUUAAAAUUUCAAAGUUAUUUUAAUCUCUAUAAACCAGUAGUUGAUCCAGUGUGAAAUAUCAUUCAGUCUCAUGCUUUUAGCAAAUUUAAAGCUAGUGCAAGGGAAGUUACUGCCUUCGUCAUAAGGCAUGGUCCUCUUUUGUUCUAGAGUUACUGGCCAUGUAUUUUACCUUUUUCAAAUAUUAUUUUUAAACUAGACUUGGAUAAGUACUUACUAGUCACACAGUAUAAGUAUGAUUCUGCAGAAACUGUAGAAGAAUCCUUGUUACUGCAAGGAGAUUUGGAAUGAUGUUUGUUUAGCUACAUGGUUGUUUAGUAACAAUGCUUUUAUAUCAUUUAACUUACAAGGGAGUAAGAGCUGUAAGAGUCAGUCUUUUAUUUUACUGUGUAUACAUGCUGUAAGGCGGUCAGCUCAAGUAUUGUGUUGUCUUACAUGUACUAAGGUGGUGUCCAAGAUUUUCUCUUUCAAAAUAGUGGGUGUUAGUGCAGGGUAAAAUACAAACUGUAUGGUUAAUAAGUAGUUUAACUGAAAAUGUGUUCUAAACAGCAUUGUCAUCCAUACAUGCAGAGUCAGAACAUAAACAGAGUCUAUGUCAUGUUAAGAGUUGUGUAGGACUAACUAUGAAGUAAUCAUGAUUUAUUGUCUUAAGAACUUGUUACUUUACGUCUUGUUUGUGUUUUUGCAUGGUCAUUGUGCUCAUAUAGAUAUUUCUACCUUUCUCAAUAUGAUUAAUCUUACAAUGAGCAAUAAAUUAUAGCCAGCUUAUAAA